CAAUCAACUACUUUGAUUAGAAUGUGCUUUGUUUCUUUGAAUAUAUCUUUCACGAUUACUUGUGUGCGAGGUGAUGAGGAGAAUGUAGCUCUACGAGUGAAUCUAUUUGAAGUUUGGGUUGCUUAAUAUCUCGAUGUGUCCAAAAGAAUGUGUUUAACUAGUGAUUGUAGGUAGGUCUAUAUGUGUGAAACUUGGAUUCUUAGGUAUAGGUCGGUCGAACCAUGCGUGCUCAUGUGCUUUUCCACAACCAAGUUUAACAAAGCAUUAAAAUGGAUUGUAGCUUAUUAAAUCUAUGUGUGAGGCACUGAUCGAGUGAUGAGAGUGGAAUGAUUUGAUGACCUUAAGGAGGUCCUCACUAUGAUGAAUAUAGGGCAAUGUCUAUUGAUAAUGUCCAAAAAGGCCCUAAAUAGCAACUUGGUAGCCUUACUUCCUUAUUAUGAUUGAUUAGUUAGUGGCUUGAAAUGAAAGCAUGCACUAGUUGUAGUUUCUCUCGUAUGUGGCGAAGCUCGGUUAGGAAUGCAUUAUUCAAAGGGAUAGGACAUCAUAACAAAAGAGAUACAUGGAUGCAUAUCAUUAAUCAGUUAGUGUACAUGAUCAUCUAAAUGAAACUAUCUAGGCAAUAUUUUUAGUCAAUUGGUUUAAUUUUACUUUACUUGCUACUGUUAUUCCGCAUUGUGUAAAUAGAUAAAGCAUUGAUCAUACCAGGGAACCUCAAUCCAUCGAAUUUACUUUUCCUUGCAUUACCAUCUCAAAUGCAAAGUAGAUACCAUCAAAAUCCCAUGGAAUACGAUCAUGGGCAUUCCAAGGAUUAUUACUUGGUUCAUACUACAACAUCGUCAAGUUUUGGCACCGUUGGCGAGGACUUUUGAUAGUAUUUGAAAAGAAAUUAACCUCUUGUAUGUGAUAUUUUCAAAGGUAUUACACUUUAGUUUGUUUUGUACUGCAGAACUUGAACCUACAAGUAAUAGGGCAUUGCAAAUCAUACAAGAACGUGAUACUAGAAGGUACUUUAAGGCUUGAACCAUCAAGAAUUACAUGAAGAAAGAUGGUUGUACCAACUCUAUUCGAGUUCAAUCUAGAGAAUUAGAUCUCGUGGCUAGCAUCAUCCAAAAUGCAUCAAGCAUAGAGAUAGAGCCAUCACUGAUAAAGAUGGUGCGAGCAAUAAAGCAAUUCUCGGGAGAGGAUGAUAGAGACCAGGUGUUUCAUAUUAGAGACUUGCUCACCAUUUGUCCAUCCACAUCAGAAGAAGAAGUUGAAGCAAUACACCUAAAAUUUGAUGGAGGAUGCCACUAUAUGGAGCAUACAUAAUGGAAGAGUGGCGUGCUUUUGGAGUGAUAAGUUCUUUGAUGAUGGAGCUCUCUUUUGAACCUUACGCCUAAUCUAUCACCGACACUCCUAGAAAUGUUAGUGGUUGAGUUCUUCUUUAAUGGUGUGUGGAUACAGAGUUUUUAUGUCAUUACUUACCACCGGAUAUUGUCCCACAAGUCCUGUUGCACCUCAACCUCGCGAAAACAAGAUGAUGAUACACGACUAUGGCGAUACUUAGACAAGGGAGACUUCACGCUACUUGCCAUACAAAUUGAUAUACUCAACUCACAUGCCCACACACAAGUAGCCCAUAUGGAGGUCACUUUGGAAAGUUCUUGCCAUGCAACCCGUUAGAACCUUCCUUUAGCUUCUCAACCACGAAGGCUUUCUCACAAAUGCGGAGCGAAGCAGAGGCACCUAAUGACACGCACCAAUUGCAAGAUACGAGGAGGAGGCCUUGAAACUAUUAUUCAUUUGGUUAGGGACUUCCCAUUCGCUAGUGCAAUGGGGGAGAGGCUUCUUGAAAAUGAGUCGAACCCAAAUUCGAGUCGAACUGACAUCAAAGUACUCUCUAUUACCUAUCAGGAGUAUUAACAUGAUUGACAAUACAUUGUUCGCCGGUAUGGGCUAGCUACUAUGGAAGAACCAGAAUAGCCACUUAUUCCAUUAUGAGCCCUAUACACAAAUCCAUUUUAAAAACAUGCAUUGAAGGAAACAUAUCAUAUAGCUUUGAGAAUGAGAGACACAUUUACAAAGCUAGGGGAUUCUGCGAGGGACCCCAAGUCGGCUAUAAGCUACCACAACGUGAUUGGGUGUGCCGCAACACAGACGACAUGUGACGGAAAUCGCCAAGUCAUACUCUCUCCUACAAUGACCACAUGUGAUGGCAUCGUGAGGGGAGACAAUUGUCCUUUUGUCAAUGCAUUCUCAUCUAACCUAGUAGGGGGUUCGUUUACUCAUGCAUAGCUGGUUGGUAUUGUACAAGGGUUGAAACUCACCUAGGAAUAAGGGACUAGGAAAGUUGUUAUAUAGACAGACUCGAUCACAGCUAAGACCCUGGUAAAGACUGCUACUCCACAUCAUCCACACUAUGUGUGUGGUAUAGAGAUUUGAUGUUGCUUAUCCACAUCUAAGUGUGGUAAAGACUGCUACUCCACAUCAUCCACACUAUGUGUGUGGUAUAGGCUAAGACCCAUGGCAAGUCAGGAUAGUGUUCGAAUCUCCACGAUCCCAAUAUUAACAGUUAAUUAAAGCAUAAGGUAUGGUGAUCGUCUGUUCAAAUUUCAAGUCCAUGGGUUGGCUUUCAUUUGAGAGGGUGUGUUAGAGAGUGGCAUAAUGGGAUCAACUGGUUCUUGACAGAACAUGUUUACCGUGAGAGAAAUUAUCUUGCAAACUAUCUAACCUCCUUUGAGCGUUCCCUGAAUGUAGCGAUCAAGGUUGUCAAACCGGUUUAAGUCGUUGAGCCGAUCAAACUAGGAGUUUGAGGUUUAAUGGUCUGAUCGGGGUCCGACCGGUUUAAGCCAUUUUAGACAUUUUCUAAAUAUAUAUACAAAUAAGAUAGUAAUUAAAGAUUUAAUAAAUGAAAUGAAAUUUAUCUUACAUGUUUCUAUUAAAAACUUAUUUUCACAAAAUAAAUAUACCUAACCUCCAUGACCCACCCACCAUCUCUCUUUCGUCGUUCAUCUUCCUCUCUUACCCCUCUCUUCUUCUCCCUCUUUAGGGGUUAGACCGUUGGGCUUUUUGGAGGUCGUUUUGAAGCCCAAAUUAGAUCGGACAGGAUCCAACCGAGAGUUCGAUAGGGGUUUAACAACCUUGAUAGCAAUCCAUCUUUUCAUGGGUCAAGCAAUACACUUUCUUACUUGCUAUAUUUACUAUUUAGAUCGAGUUGGGGCUCAGACCACAUUUGGUUUAAUGAAUAAAGUUUGGGCCUCCGUUAGGCGUUCUAUUUUAAAAGAAAAAUGUUUUGUUCAAGGCUUCAAGCGUUCAGCUACCCAGCCACGUCCCAAACAGUCGGCCCAUAAAUGUGCAGUUUUGAAGCUAGGGCCGUCAGAACUGAUAAAUUCAACCAAAAAAGGUAGAAAAAACCUUUCCGUUGUUCGCCAACGGCCGCCAUUAGAGACGGACAGACACCCUCCUCCCGGCCGAGCCGACGCCCGACAGAUUCGUCCUGAAAAUUCGUCGGCUAUGUUGAGCUGCCGGAGGACACUGCUGUCUCAAGCCAUAAAGAAAAAGAGACAGACAAAGACCAAAACCAGAAGAAAGAAAACCCUCCCCUCCAAAACAGCCGCCAUUUCCGAGCAGCAAGCAGCAGAAAUUCAAGAUGAAGAAGGAGAAGAAGGGUUUAACCUCAAGGUUUCAGCUCCCUCACACGCCCAUGGCGUCCAGCCGCUCGGAAAUUUGUACUUAAACCCAGGCUCUGUCAACUCGAGGAACACCGGCUUAGGCAAUCUCCAAAUUUUGUCCGAUGAGCUGGUUCUCGACAUUCUAGGGCUGCUUGGUCCAGCCCAGCUGGGAUUUUUAGCCGUUGUGAGUAAAUCUCUCUAUAUUUUCGCAAAUCACGAGCCUCUAUGGAGGAAUCUCGUUUUGGAGGAACUGCAAGGUGGAUUUUUGUUCAAUGGGUCGUGGAAAUCUACUUACGUUGCUGCUCGUUACUCAUCUCUGUCAACUUAUCUUGAUGGUGCGAAAAUGAGGGUUAGGGAUUUUUACUCGGAUUAUCUCUUCCAGAGCUGGUUAUGUGCUAAUCUGGAAAUGAAACCUGAGUGGCUUCAGAGGGAUAACAUAGUUAGAAAGAAGGGAAUUUCGGUGGAGGAAUUCGUGUUGAGCUUUGAGGAACCGAAUAAACCGGUGUUGUUGGAAGGAUGCAUAUAUAAUUGGCCUGCUUUGAAGAAAUGGGAUAGGGAUUAUUUGAUUAAGGAAUGUGGAGAUAUGAGGUUUUCAGUUGGUCCAGUGAAGAUGAAGCUUGAAGAAUAUUUCAAGUACUCAGAUCAAGUGAAGGAAGAGAGGCCAUUGUAUCUUUUUGACCCUAAAUUUGCUGAAAAGGUCCCCGUUUUGGCUUCAGAUUAUGAAGUCCCAGCUUACUUUCAAGAGGAUUUGUUUAGUGUUUUAGGCAAUGAGAGGCCGGAUUAUCGAUGGGUAAUAAUGGGUCCAGCAGGGUCUGGUUCUUCAUUCCAUAUUGAUCCUAAUUCGACAUCAGCUUGGAAUGCAGUGAUCAAGGGUUCCAAGAAAUGGAUUUUGUUCCCCCCAGAUGUGGUACCGCCUGGUGUACAUCCAAGCCCAGAUGGGGCUGAAGUGGCAUGUCCAGUUUCUAUUAUCGAAUGGUUCAUGAACUUUUAUGGUGCUACCAAGAAAUGGCAGAAGAGACCUGUCGAGUGCAUCUGUAGAGCCGGGGAAGUGAUCUUCGUACCAAAUGGAUGGUGGCAUCUAGUUAUCAACCUGGAAGAAUCCAUUGCCAUUACGCAGAACUUUGUCAGCAGGCGGAAUUUGUUGAAUGUUUUAGAUUUUCUCAAGAGACCUAAUGCAAGCGAACUUGUGUCCGGAACAAAAGACAGGGUGAACCUUCACGACAAGCUUAAGAAUGCCAUCGAGGCAAAUUUCCCAGGAACUAUUGACGAUUUGGUGGAGAAGGCAGAGGAAAAGAAGGCCCAACUGAAGAAAGUUUCGUUCUGGGACUCAGUCUCGGAUGCUCAAGUUGGUGCCUUCAAGUUCAACUUCUGAGAGAUUUUCGGUUGCAUUUUCAGUCAUGCAAAGAAAUGAUGCGGCAAUUUUGACAUGAGUUUUGAACGGCAGAGGCAGAAGCCUGUACUGAAUUGUAGUUGUUUCUUAUUUAUUGAUGAACUAUUGCUGAAUGCAUGUGGUCUUCCAUGCCGCUCUUCCGAAUGCGUCGUGUCUGUCUCUCUUCUGAAUUGCGGAACAAUUGCUUCAAUGAGGCGAUAGAGCUAUUUCGCCUUCUUCAAUCUCAACAAAUGCGAGCUAAUGAAACAGUAAUGGUCAGCGUGAUUGCUUCCUGUGCUCAUCUGGGUGCUUUACAAGAGGCUCACGAUAACGUUGUCAGUAACAAUAUCUGACCUUAACAUGAUCCUCCGAACUGCUCUAGUUGAAAUGUAUGGACGCAAUUGGUAAAACCCCUCCAAGUGUUCAACCCAAUUCCGGAGCAGGAAGCCUUGAGCUGGACAACUCUCCAUCUCAGGCUUCGCAAUGCAUGUAUAUGCAGACAAGGUAAUCCAAACCCACUAGGAUAACCUCUCGUGCAUCACAUUUAUCGCAGUUCUCUCAGCUUGCACCCAUGGAGGCUUGGUGGAAUGAGGGCAAGACAUUCAACAGCAUGCCGAGAGAUUAUAAUAUAAAGCCUUGGCUCGACCGCUAUGGCUGCAUGGUCGAUCUACUCGGUCGAGCUUAGAAACUAGCAAAAGCUGAGAAGUUUGUAUUUGACAUGCCAAUCAAACCUAAUGCACCAAUUUGGUGCAUGGCUCGGCGCCUGCAAGAUACACAGAGAUGCUGACCUGGUUAUAGCUUGAUCGAAGAGAAAGAAAAUGUUAAAUAUCAUACAAUUUAGUCUCUAAUAAACUUAAUCAACCUUG